AUGCACUCGGCUUUGACCUAUGAGUCUGUAGCAAGGUGCUCGGUCACCAAGGCUCGUGCUGCUACUCUGCAAUUACCUCAUGGCUCUGUUCCUUUGCCCAUCUUCAUGCCUGUCGCGACACAAGCUUCUCUCAAGGGUCUGACUCCUCAUCAACUCGACGAGACUAGCUGUCGCUUGUGCCUGAACAACACCUAUCAUCUUGGUCUGAAGCCUGGUCAAGCUACUCUCGACGCCAUUGGUGGUGCUCACAAGCUACAAUCAUGGCCACACAACAUUCUGACAGAUAGUGGAGGCUUCCAAAUGGUCUCCCUCCUCGAACUAGCGACCGUCACCGAAGAAGGCGUCCGCUUCCUCAGCCCCCAUGAUCGCACACCCAUGCUCUUGACCCCCGAACACUCAAUCUCCCUUCAAACCAGCAUAGGCUCAGAUAUCAUGAUGCAACUCGACGAUGUAAUAGCCACCACAUCGCCUGACCACGCCCGCAUAAAAGAAGCCAUGUACCGUAGUAUCCGCUGGCUAGACCGCUGCAUCGCCGCCCACAAGAAACCCGAGUCGCAAAACCUCUUCUGCAUUAUCCAAGGCGGUCUAGAUUUGGAUUUGAGAAAGGAAUGCUGUAAAGAGAUGGUCGCUAGAGAUACACCUGGUAUUGCUAUUGGAGGCUUGUCUGGUGGUGAGGCGAAGGAAGAAUAUUGUAAGGUUGUCAGUACGUGUACGGAUAUGCUGCCUGAUGAUAAGCCGAGAUAUGUCAUGGGUGUUGGAUAUCCUGAAGACUUGGUCGUCUCUGUGGCUCUGGGCGCAGACAUGUUUGAUUGUGUAUGGCCUACAAGAACAGCACGCUUCGGUAACGCCAUAACCUCUUCAGGCGUGUUGAAUCUCCGCCACGCCUCCUACGCAGAUGACUUCAGCGCUGUGGGUCCCGGUUGCAAGUGCACUAUCUGUCGACCUUCUUCAGACGGCGGUCUGGGACUCACACGCGCCUACAUUCACCAUGUCGCAGCAAAAGAAACUGCAGGUGCACAUCUGCUGAGUAUACACAACGUACACUAUCUCCUCGAUUUGAUGAGAAGGGUCCGCGAAGCCAUCAUUGCAGAUCAGUAUCCUGCGUUCCUGCGCGGGUACUUUGCAAGAUUGUAUGCAGGAGAUAAGAAGAAAUACCCUGGCUGGGUGGUGGAAGCAUUGCAAAGUGUAGGAGUGGACUUGAUGAAAGAUUGA